ACCGGAAAUGCGAUGGUUCCAUUAAUGUCAGUUUGACUGUAGUGGGAAGAUGGCGUCUAACAGUCGCCCUCAGCUGUUGCGGCCGCUGCUCAUUUUGCUGUUCGUUUGUUCUUUCUCCUUCGGCUCCGUCCUUGGGCUGAAGGCUGCCAUUGGUCCGGCAGAACCGCCCAAGGCUUCGGUCCACAGAGGAGAUGAUGCGGCAGCCAGGGAUGCACCUGCUCCUGCCGCUCCUGCUGGGGCCUCGCCGCCUCGUAGGGCGACCGGUUGGAAGCUGUCUGAGGAGGAGGCCUGUCGGGAGGACCUGACUCGGCUAUGUCCCAAACACACCUGGAGCAACAACCUGGCCGUCCUGGAGUGUCUGCAGGACCGCAGAGAGGAAACUGACAUUGCUGCUGACUGUAACCACCUUCUGUGGAACUACAAGCUCAACCUGACCACGGAUACAAAGUUUGAGUCAGUGGCCAUGGAGGUCUGCAAGAGCAGCAUCUCUGAGAUUAAGGAGUGCAAUGAGGAGGAGCGGGGACGGGGCUACCUGGUGUCCUGCCUGGUGGAUCACCGUGGCAACAUCAGCGAUUAUCAGUGUAACCAGUAUGUGACUAAGAUGACUGGCAUCAUUUUCAGUGACUACAGAUUCAUCUGUGGCUUCACGGACAAGUGUAAGGAGGACAUCAACAGCCUGCACUGUGGGAGCAUCAAUGUGGGACAUAAGGACGUACACUCCCAGGGUGAGGUCAUCGCCUGUCUGGAGAAGGCCUUGGUUCAGGCAGCAGAGCAGCAGGAUCAAGUAUAUUCCAUCAAAGAGGAGUGUCAGAGGGCGAUCCUGCGGGUGGCCGAGCUGUCGUCAGACGACUUCCACCUCGAUCGCCAUCUUUACUUCUCCUGUCGGGAUGACAGAGAGAGAUUCUGUCAAAAUAUUCAGGCAGGAGAAGGCAAAGUUUACAAGUGUCUUUUCAAUCACAAGUUUGAAGAGGCCAUGUCAGAGAAGUGCCGCGACGCCCUGACCACCCGUCAGAAGCUCAUCUCUCAGGACUAUAAAGUCAGUUACUCUCUGGCCAAAGCCUGUAAGAUUGACCUGAAGAAGCAUCGCUGCAACCUGGACACCAACCUGCCCAGAGCCCGUGAGGCCCGGCUCUCCUACCUGCUGCUGUGUCUGGAGGCUGCUGUUCAUCGUGGUCGUCCAGUCAGCGGAGAGUGUCAGGGAGAGAUGCUGGACUACAGACGGAUGCUCAUGGAGGAUUUCUCUCUGAGUCCAGAGAUCGUACUUCAUUGUCGGGCAGAGAUUGAGUCUCACUGCUCUGGUCUGCACCGCAAAGGCCGCACACUUCACUGUCUGAUGAGAAUCGGACGCAGUGACCGCAGCACUGCUGUGGACAGUGUCUGCCAGAGUUCAUUAAAAAGUCUGAUCCAGUCUGCCGACCCUGGAGCUGAUUACAGGAUCGAUCGUGCGUUAAACGAGGCCUGUGAAUCCGUGAUCCAGACCGCCUGCAAACACAUCCGCUCUGGAGACCCAAUGAUCCUUUCGUGUCUGAUGGAGCAUCUGUACACAGAGAAGAUGGUGGAGGACUGUGAACACAGACUGCUGGAGCUGCAGUAUUUCAUAUCCAGAGACUGGAAACUAGACCCCAUCCUGUAUAAAAAGUGUCAAGGUGACGCCGCUCGCCUCUGCUACACCCACAAAUGGAAUGAGACCAGUGAGCAGAUGCCAGCAGGUGCCGUUUUCUCCUGCCUCUACCGCCACGCUUACCGCACAGAGGAGCAGGGACGACGGCAAAAUCCUGACGAGCAGUUAUCCAGGGACUGUAAGGUGGAGGUUCAGCGGAUUCUCCACCAGAGGGCGUUGGAUGUGAAGCUGGACCCUGAACUUCAGAAAAGCUGUAUAACUGACCUGGGCAAGUGGUGCAGCGAGAAGACCGACACGGGACAGGAGCUGGAGUGUCUGCAGGAUCAUCUGGAGGACUUACUUUCUGGCUGCAGGGAUGUUGUUGGAAACUUGACAGAGGCAGAGUCAGAGGACAUUCAGAUUGAUGCUCUUCUCAUUAGAGCGUGUGAGCCCAUCAUUCAGACACACUGUCACGACGUGGCUGAUAACCACAUAGACACCGGUGACCUGCUGGACUGUCUGGUACAGAACAAACACCAGAAGGAGAUGAACGACAAGUGUUCAGUGGGCGUCACACACUUUCAGCUGGUCNAGAUGAAGGAUUUCAGAUUCUCCUACAAAUUCAAAAUGUCCUGUAAAGAGGACGUUUUGCGUCUGUGUCCAAAUAUCAAGAAAAAGGUGGACGUUGUCAUCUGCCUGAGCACCACGGUGAGGAACGACACGCUGCAGGACGUUAGGGAGCAGCGGGUGUCUCUGAAGUGUCGUAAACAGCUGAGGGUGGAGGAGCUGGAGAUGUCGGAGGACAUAAGGUUGGAGCCGGAGCUUUACGAGGCCUGUAGAUCUGACAUCAGUCGCUAUUGUCCCAAUGUCAACUUUGGAAAUGCUCAGAUGAUCGAGUGUCUGAAGGAGCAGAAGAAGCAGCUCAGUCCACGAUGCCACCAGAAGAUCUUCAGGCUGCAGGAGGGAGAGAUGAACGACCCCGAGCUGGACUACCAGCUGAUGAGAGUCUGUAAGCAGAUGAUCAAGCGUUUCUGCCCCGAGGCCGACGCCCGGAACGUUCUUCAGUGUCUGAAACAGAACAAAAACAGUGAGCUGAUGGAUCCAAAGUGCAAACAGAUGAUUACAAAGAGGCAGAUCACACAGAACACGGAUUACAGAUUAAACCCAGUGCUGAGAAAAGCCUGUCGAGCUGACAUCCCCAAGUUCUGUCAGUCCAUCCUGCACAAGGCCAGUGAAGACAGUGAGCUGGAGGGUCAGGUCAUCGCCUGCCUCAAACUCAAGUACGCCGACCAGAGGUUGUCUGCAGACUGUGAAGACCAGAUCAGAGUGAUUCUGCAGGAGUCAGCGCUGGACUACAGGCUGGACCCUCAGCUGCAGCUGCACUGCUCAGAAGAGAUCUCCAAGUUGUGUGUGGAGGAGGCAGCGGCUCAGGAGCAGACGGGUCAGGUGGAAGAGUGUCUGAAAGUCAACCUGCUGAAAGUCAAACAAGAGACGUGUAAAAAGGAAGUCCUGAACAUGCUGAAGGAGAGUAAGGCGGACAUCUUUGUGGACCCGGUCCUUCACACAGCCUGCGCUCUGGACCUCAAACAUCACUGUGCUGCCAUCACACCGGGCAGAGGACGACAAAUGGUCUGUUUGAUGGAGGCGUUACAGGACAAGAGGAUUCGUCUGCAGCCUGAGUGUAAGAAAAGACUUCAAGACCGCAUCGACAUGUGGAGCUAUGCCGCAAAGGUGGCGCCAGCAGAGGGCUUCUCCGACCUAGCAGUGCAGGUGAUGACGUCACCAUCCAAAAACUACAUCCUGCUGAUGAUUGCUCUGAGUGUGUGCGUCCUCUUCCUGGUGGGGCUGCUGUGCGGUCGUUUCACUAAGAGAGUGACCAGAGAACUGAAGGACCGGUAGAAGACAAGGGUCUGAGAAGGCCUCAGAAAAAGACUAGGUUCAUCGCGUCCUCUUCUUCUUCUUCUUCUACUUUCACUGAUACUUUGUUUGCACAGCGCCAGCAGCCGUGCCAUGUCUCGAUCUUCUGGUUGGUUUUAAACCUGAUGGCUGCUGCACCUUUGCAUCAAAUGCAAAUAUUUCUCCAUCACUGAAGUAAAUUCUCCGUCACCUUCUUCAACUCGAGGCAUCACCAAACAUCAAUAGAGCCUGAGUGGUUUGAAGGAAUAUGCCGUUACCAUGGACACAGUUCUUCUUUUUGGAGUAUGUGCUCUUCAUCUGGAUCAGCUCCAGAAUCUUUCUGGUUUUGACUCAAUCCUUCUGAUGUGACGAUUGUUUUUUCGCCUCCUGAUGCCGUUUCGGAGCAUGUUAAAGAUCAUUCUUUCUUAAGAAACUGAAGCCACAACAAAUCGCACAUAGAAAAAUCUGUGGCAAAACUUUAAGCUAACAAACACAAUGUCCCUGCUGAGUCCACGUUUUCUCCCAGCAGUCAUGAAGAAGUCCAUUCUGCUCAUGGUGUCCAGCGUCAUUUAAAAACCUGUUUAAUUUAAAACUGAAUUAGGUGUCAUUUCAUUGCACUUUUUUUUAAUGUGCGGCCUUAUUUAUUGUUUGUAGAUUACAUUUUUCAGUAACUGAUUGGUAGAACAUAAGGACUAAAUGUAUACUUUUUGUGUUUGUAUUAUAGCGCCCCCUCUGUCUUCUCUUCAUCUUUCAUUUUGUAUGAACUACAUCAGACUGGGCACUACACAUAUGUGUAUAUGUAUAUGUACAUAGAUGUACGUACUUAUAUAUACAUAUGUGUAUUUUUAUAUAUGCGUGGGUAUACAUAUAGGCAAAGCUAAGGUAACUGCUGGCUGUUCUGGUUGCAGCCAAGAACAGAGAGAAACUACCAAUAGGAGGACAGACUUUUGAUCAACAGUUAUAUCUGCAGAACAUCAUAAAACACUGAAUGUUAAUUAUGCCGAUGCAUCAGAGAGAUAGGAAAAUCUUUUUUUUUUCUCUGACAUUUGCUUACUUAAAAUAAUUUUCUAAAAUUUCUAGGCAUUUUUUGUUUUAUUUUAAUCAAAUGUGUUGCACACUUGCACAUUUUGCAAGUGUGAACAUGUGAAACUCAUGAUGAACAACUGUUACUUCCAAAGUGAUACAUUUGCAAAUUGACAGUUUCCAAUAAAAAAGUGAAUAGAAUGAAAUUAAACUUGAAGCUGAGCUGAUGAAGCGGGAGUUGAUCUUUAAGUGAUCCACGGUCUCAUAAGUGUUGGCCUUAGAGUGAAGACAACAAUCCUUUCAGUUUUAUAUCAACAUACUUUUUCAGUUUAUAUUUGACCAUGUAAUAUGACAAUGCAAAUCAAGUGUUGUGCGAUUUCAUUUUGCCCUUUGAAAAUUGAAGAUUUAAUAAAAAAUGUCUGCCGAUUUUUGUA